AAAAAACUGCUCAAAAUGGGUCGCCUGUUCCAAUACAAUCGCUUUGGCGCCACGGAUAACAUCAACAAACGCAACAAGAAGGAUACGCAGACCAAGAACAAGAUGCUACGCAAUGCCAUCAAGUGUCCGGCCUAUUCGGACAUCUAUGGGCAGUACAAUGACUCGUCCUUCGAGAAAUGCCAACAAUGGAGCAACAAACUGCAGUUCCCAACGGCAGUGGCAGCGGCAGCAGCAGUGACAGUGCCAGCCGAGGAGCCCAGCCAGAGUCGCACCCAUAAGGUCUACGAUAGCAUGAAGAACUUUCUGCAGCGCAAACUGUUUGCCCAACCCUCGCACAAGGAGCGAACACUGAAUGAGGACCCUACCAGUGAUUAUGAUGAGCAGGACCUUCUCGACUCCUCGUACCAGGCCGACGCGGAAGAAGAGGAGGAGGAAAGGGAUGCCGAUUGCAGCUGCAGCUCCAACUCCAACUCCAACACCAGUUCCAUAUCCAGCAGUAGCCAUGCGGACACGCCCAAACGCUCGCCCCAGAAGUCGCUACUGUCGCUCAACUGCUGGCAGAGCAGUCAGCCAAGCGACUCCAACAAGGAGGAGGAUGACUCCGAUGCCGGAAUCUCCGACUGCUGCCAACUGCUGGUGGAGAACACAGCGAGCAAAAAACAGCGACGCAGCUCGCCCAAAAAGCGGACAUCCCUGCCCCGCUACAACAGCAGCAACAGCACCGAGGACGAUGAUGAUGAUGAGGAGCCGGAACUGUUGGCCUGCGCCUGGUACCAGCCCCGCAUCAGUGCGAAGGCCGCCCAAGAGCAUCUGCAGCAGUCGACGGCGGGCAGCUUCCUGCUCCGCCGAAGCACUCCCCGCCACUUCGAGCUCUGUCUGCGCCUCGAACGGAAGGUGAAGACGUACCCGGUGCAGUCCACCCGCACCCAGAUGUAUCGCCUGAAGGGGGCCAAGAAACAGUUCAGCACUCUCAAGGCCUUGAUCACCCACCACUCGGUGAUGGCCGAGCAGCUUCCCCUCACACUGGACAUGCCCAGGGAGCGACAUGUGGUCAAGCCGUCGGCGGUCCGCUAUGCGGACGAUUUCGAACCGCUGGAGUCUCUGCAGCUCCUGGGCAUCCUCAAGAGUCUGCAGGCCAAGAGCAUUGAAAUAUAGACUAAGAGGGUGGAAAUGGGGUAAUUUACGGGGGUUAUUAAUAUCGAACUGCAAAGGGAACGAUAGGUGAAAGAAAUAUUAUAUAGGAAUUGUUUUUUUUUUUUUUUCUAUGCGUAUUAGUCCACUAAGGAGGCUUUGUGAUAUAGUUUAUGGAUCUAAAUCGGGAUCUGGGGGGCAAGUAAUCCCGGCUUUAGUUGUACAUUAAGGGUCCACCAUUUACCAAUUAAUUGAAAUAUUUCUAUUCGUAUUGAUAAGUUUUCUAUUGUGAAAGUAAAUUAUACGUUAAUAAAGAUCGAACAAUG